AUGGCGAGGCAGAGCGGUGACACGAAGAUGGUCCGGUCCUCCCUGGCGUUGCUUCAAGAAAGGUUCAAGGAGCUUCAGAGAGCCAAGGAGAGGAGAGAGCAGUGGGAGCAUAUGAGAUGGAUCCCCGAACCGGGCCAGCCCAACCACAGCGCGAGCCCUGACCGUGCCAGGGCUCGUUUCCAGCAUCAGACGAGUCAUCCUCAUCUUCCAUUGAGACCGGCCCCUGAAGAUUGUUUCCUCUCGCUAGGCCUCAACUCGCACUCGCAGCGGAAUCACGGCAAGUUUCGGACCAUGAACACGAUGCCGUCUCCUAACAUAUGGCCAAAUGCGACACCAUCGACCUUGUCCAAAUGUCCCGACUAUUCAGAUGUUGAUACUUCUCUCCAUCUUUAG